AUGGCAUCAACACUAGCUAUCGGCGCUGGAGUCGCAGUGGCCGCUUUCCUGGGCCGAGCUGGACUGGUCGCAUUCAGGCGAUCUAGAGGCGGCGUCGGCGCCAUGGGCAAGGCCUUCUACAAGGGCGGCUUCGAGCCCAAGAUGAACAAGCGAGAGGCUUCUUUGAUCUUGUCUCUAAAUGAACGAGCCAUUACCAAGGACAAGAUCCGCAAGCAGCACCGAACGCUGAUGCUCCUCAAUCACCCGGAUCGAGGCGGCAGCCCCUAUUUGGCCACCAAAGUCAACGAAGCGAAGGAGUUCCUGGAGAAAAAUCAAUAA